AUUCUCGUAUCUUAGGAAUCUCUUUAUUUUGAUGUCAUUAUUGUCAACUACAGUGGGUUCAGAGUCAUUUCUACAAUCUGGCCAGGCUCUCAUUGCUACUUCCAUGGGAUCCAUUUUUCGCGCUCAACCCGAAGUCUUUAUUCGCGGGGUAUAGAGAUGAAAUGAGGUAUUUUAACGAACCAUUCCAAACGCUAAAGGGUUUAGCUACCGUAAGUUAGUUACAUGCAUAACUAGUUACACAUAACUACGCUGUAGUAAGUACAGACUACGGAGUACAGGUCCUCUCCGUUUGGACGGGGGCUUGCGGGGGCUGGGGGCCUGAAUUCCCAACCCCAACAUCUGGAUGGCUCCAACACACCAACUCCCUGUUUGGGUUCUCCCGGCUUGAACGAUAGUUACGGGCAACGCCACUCGUUGGUGCCGGCAGCCUAAAGAUUAAAAAAUACCCCGGCACUUUGGACUCAAUCCUGCCCUGCCUCCAGAAAUCUGUGCUGCGGAGCCAUUAUUGGCUGCUGCGACUGAACCGUCCUGCAGCUGAUGGCGCAGGGCAGAUGCAGAUGGGGUUGGCUCCAUCACUGAAUAUGCCUCAUGCCCCUGGAUCUGAGAGUAUCCAUGUGGUCACAUUGUUGUCGUCUCGGGCAUUUUGAAGCCAAAAUGUGGGGGAGUGAUUCGCAUAUGUUAUCAGCGAGGAGAAAUACACUUGGAAAUACACCUGCUGCCGUGCCUGCUAAUAGAUCUUAUGGGGCGGAUAAGGUACAGUAAUUUAUUUCCCCCUUCGGGUAUUUUUGCGACGGCAGAGGAAUGGCCAGUUAGUUAACUGCCUUUGGGUCGUAUAUCUAUGUCGGGGUGCUGCGCCUAUAUGCGACCAGACCAUCCCUCGCAUACAUAUUCACACGCCCUGCCGUGCAACAGUCUCUUAUCGAAUCUCUUCCCUUCUCUUUAAGGUUGCUUCUUGGUACUCUUAUACUUUUGACUCAUAUAAGGCAGCUUGUUAUAUAUUGCUGUUCAAUACUCUACCUUACAUCACUGCUUGCUGUACGACUGUUGGAGUUUGAAUGAGGAGGAGCUAAAGGAACGGAACGAAGAAAGGAUAUCGACAAGGGUUUAUGUUUAUUAUUAUUCUUGUACAUUUGGAAUUUAUACUUCCUUUCGGAGGGUGAAUUGCUGGUGUAUAAUACCACUUGAUUGUGGAAUACUCCGAUUGCGAUUGUGGACGCCAUAGUUUUUCUCCUCAAUCCUAAAGGACCAAUUGCUCCAUAUUUUUGCCUUUCUUUAGCAAUAAAGAUACGUUCGCAAGGGGUAGGUCAAUGCUUGGGCAAAGGCUUCAUAUGAGGCCUUUUUCUUUUCGCCCUCCUUUGUCUCCAAUUUCACCAGCCUUCUCCUUUCUCCACAGUCGAUAUGCUUCGUUUAUUCUCAAAAACCCAAAAUCGAGGCUAACAUGAGUUCAGCCAGGAUACUCAAUCUCGCUCACUGGUGAUGAUUAUGGCUUUCAAUCCGCGCCCGACGAAUAAUGUCGCCCCAUUACCAGAGACGAAGCACAAGGAAAAGAAGUCUCGCUAUUCAAUGGGAGCGCUUCAAGUUAGAUGGCCUAUGCGUGCUGCUCGCUCGACGGACUGGUCUCCCAUGUCAAAGAAAUCGAAAGAUAGCACUAUGAAGCACAGGGAGAGCGAAUCAGUAGAUUUACAUUGCAGUAAAUCCACUGACUCAUUUCUUAUGCUUACGACCACUAGCUUAGAGCUUAAAAAUGAUAGCAGAUUGGAGGCCAGCGCACAACCUUUAUCCCAUCGUUCACCCUUGAAUUCAACCCUCGCUUGGAUUAAGAUACGGGAUUCACCUCAAUCCUCUGAUGUACAUGCAUUGGAGAGCGUACAUCUUCCUGAGAAGAUUGCACCACGAACACCCAGCCCCGAAAAGCAUACAAAGGCAUUGGACUCAAUGUAUACUAAACCAAAAUCCUCACAUAUGCCUCCAACAGGGGGUUCAUACCCGAUAGCAGCACACCAAAGCCAAACUUUAGAUCGCAGCCUGGCACCGGUUUGCGAUAUUAGCCCACCACCCAUGCAUCCUGGACGGAAUCGGCCAUUCUACAAAGUUUCCAGUAUUGGCACGCUACAGAGCAUAUCCGCGGGAGACACCACUGAGAAGGUAUCGCCGAUCGUGGGUUCGGUUGUUCAGAGAAAAGCUAUCCCAGCCUCCUCUGGAGAUUCGAGGUCCAUAGAGCCCAUGACCAUAGUUUCACCCUUGUCAAUCGAUAUGCCCCAGCCUCAGCGAGCUUUUGUUCCUCCUUCCUUUGACAAGAUCAUUCAAGUCGAAACAGACCCGCUUUUGGACCAACCUGGGAAAAGUGGUGGUUCAGCCACAUCGUCCGAGUUCGGUAGGAGUGUCUCUGCACCGAAUAGCCCAAGCUCCUCGAGAUCUAGUAUAUACUCUGAGGAAUUUCCUCAAAAACCCGUCGCACCAUCCACAGAGGGAUGUUCCAGAAGCAGCAAGGGAUAUUCGUUAAUAUCUCCCGUUACUGCUGGCGUAUUUGACGACGACGAUGCUGAUUUGAGGCGGAUUCCUACCUUUAAACACAAGUUUAGCCCUAAACAGCAAAGAAAUAAACCUCUUCCUCCCGAACCAGUGAUAAAAAUCCCCCCGCUAUCCAUCCGCCGCACCUCCGGACCAGAGCCCAUGGGCACCGUUUCCCACUGCGGUCGGUUAAUCCAACCGACAAGUAAACCACUCUUCCUCCCGCGAGACCCACGACCAUCUGACCUCGAUAUUCUGGACGAGGCAUUCCGUCGUUCAGGGCUUCAUCAUGUAUCGCCUAAUAAAUGUGCUAAAUCGAAAUUGGGGCAAGCUUCUGGAUCAGACACACUCUCUAACUCUCCGUCUCUGCACAAGGCUACCCUUGAGCUAGAAGAACAACUUUCUAUUCUAUCCAUGCCGAUGCAAAAUAGAACCGGUUGGCUGAAGAUAGGGCAUAAUCAAUGCUCCUCUUCUGAGCUUCCUGCAGAUACCCCACCUAAGCCUUUGAAACGACGUUCGUCUUGGAGAAGGUCUGGUUCGUAUUCAGUUGUGUCUCCGACCAAGCGAUCUUCGCCCAAGAAGAGUUGGAAUGGCAAAGGGAAGAUCAAACUUUCACCGACCAUAAGCGAGUCAGUAGAAGAUGAUAACAGGCGACAAUCGUGGCAGGCACAAGUAGAAGUGUCAUUGCAAGUUUGUGCAAAUGGUAGUAGUACAAAGAAUAGCACGGCUCCCAGUAACAAUGGCAGAGACGAUCUGAAGCUCGCAGAAAACAUAAACCGCAUGGCAAUGUUCACGAAGCCACGGGCCGAGAGUGUCGAGCGUAACCUUCGCAUGCGUCUGCCCCGCCUACGAACGCAGCUCAGCGCCAAGUCGAUUCGGGGCCCUGUGAACCUCAGCGCCGUGGUGGAGUCGCCUACCAACCAAACAAACCACCCGAACCUCGACGAUCACAGCAGCCCCAAACAGCACGUCAUGGCGGGUCUCGAUAGGCUUGAUCCAGCGCAGCCAGAACCAACUCGGGAGGAUUAUUCUUACAGUAACAACGAUAGUGAUAAUCCAGUAGAAGCACCUCCACUCGUUUUCAAGCUCGAUGACUGCCAGCCGGCCCCCGCCUGCGAGCAUGCGGGGUCAAAAGCCAUGCUCUGCGAACCGAUCCCAAACGAGGUAGCAAAGAGUGUUAUAUGCGAGAUCAUGCAGAAGAUCGACAACCUUGAGGACUUGUUUAAUCUCGCGGUCAUCAACAAGGCCUUCUACUCCGUUUUCAAAGACCAUUCAUUGACCCUCAUAAAAGAUACCUUGUUCCGCAUGUCCCCUGCUGCAUGGGAAUUGCGCGAGAUAUGCCCACCUUGGGAGGCCGAGGGUGAUGAAGCUGGAGAUAUUGAUAUGCCUGUGCCGGAAUACACGCCAAAUCUAUACAUACAGCAUUACACGCGCGACCUAUAUACCAUGGUCGCUCUGAAAUCUCUCAUCCUUGUUCGCUGCGAGAGCUUUCUACGACCCGAUACAGCCAGAGCAUUGGCAGGGUUAGACGACGCUCGUUGCGCGGAGGUUGACGAAGCGUUCUGGAGAGUGUGGACUUUCUGUAAGUUAUUUGGCUGUGGAAAAAGCAGAGAAGAUGAUGUCACUGCACAAGUCGACUGGCUCAAUGGCGGUCGACUUGCGGAGGCUGAAAACCGUGGCACCAGCAUUGUCAUACAAUAUCCGGCCGGGGUGCAUAGCGUUUUAUUCAACGCGCCGCCUGCCUUUAGCAAGGGCAAUCAUGGAGGAUUGUCGGCGACGGAACUCUAUGACAUGAUGGAAAUUUGGACCUGUCUUGGCGUCCUUUUGCAGAUGUUCCAUGGGAAGUGUAAGGAGGCUCGAGAUUUUGGAGUCUUUGAUGGCUUAAAGGUGGCAGAUGGUGAUGUUGCGAAGGAGGAAUCUCUGACAGAAAGCUGGACCCAGUAUCUUCUCACGCUUGGGCCGUCCGCUAUUCUUGCUCUCACCAGCAUCAACCCCGAAGCACCAAUUGAGACCCUCUUCUCCAGAGCAAAGGCCAACGGGUGGACGAAAUGGAAGACCCCCGAGUUGAGUUAUGGCAGUGCACCAAGAUUAUUCUUGAAAGAAGCAGUGUCCCAAGUCUACGAAUCCAGAUUAUCAAACACACACACUCCCGCAUCAUCUAGGACGCCGAAGUCCAACUCACCACCGCCACAUUCCCCCAGCCCUAUCGCCAGACACCGCGGCCACUCUCGCAACAUCUCAGAUCAUCCUCAUGCUCUCUGUCAUCGCCACCUGGCGACCCAAGCCGACGACGCAAGCUGGAUUUGCCUCGGAGCUUCGCCGAAAACGAAAGGAGUCUCAGGGUUCUGACAUGUAUGUCAGUCUAGAGAUGACCCCUCCGGUUACAAAUUUCACAGACGAGAGGCCAAUCUCUCAUUUCUCUACUGUGAUCGAGAACCUUGACCCCAGUAAUAGUAAGGGCCAACAGCACCCAGGCACUCCAGUUCCACCCACACCAGCAACCGUCCCACACCCAAUCGAUACAACAGUGCGAGGAAUACAGCCCAUUAGCUCUAGCAUUCAAAAUACACCCAUCUCCGAUGCCUCUAUUAUAAGAAAACUACUACCCGACUCCAUUCCCAGCUCUGCACGCCCACUGCCAACCGUCACCCUCGAAUCACCGACGCCCCCACCUGGCGCGGCACUCACUUCAGCACCAUCAUCCCUCCCCCUUCUCCACGCUGUAUCUAUCCCCAAGCAACACCAACGCACAUUCUCCACCCCCGAGACUAUUGCUGAAGAGAAGAUAUCCCGCGGCCGCUACUCCUCAUCGGCCCCUCAAGUCCUUGAUCCAGUCGACAUCGCCAUGCACAAGAUGGUGAAGGAGCUUGGUUUCGACGAGCACGCUGCCAAAUGGGCUUUGAAGUGCACGGACACGGGCGAGUCGUUGGAUGUUGCGGCGGCGAUUAACUUGCUGCUGCAAGGCGGCGGACAUGUGGAUCCCCUUGCCUUGUCCUCGGGCGAGACGUCGGCCACGGGCCAUAUGAGCAGUAUUUCCGGUGCGGCUGGUGGCGCAAGCGUUGAUGGGAACGACAGUGCUGGCGUGAAUGGCAUGUAUAGGAGGAAGACUAUGGAGCAUAGUCGAGAGACGGAGGCAGAUGUAUGGAGGCCUGUGUGGAGAUGGGCGUGAGAGGAUGAUGGGGGCUUUGAUAAUAUCCCAUUCUUUAUUUGCUAUUCCCCGUCCCUGCUUUUGGUGGUAUUUUCGUUCGUCUCAAUACAUAUGCACGGCGAAAAUCUCUGUUCUAUUUUCUUGUCUACAUACAACCUUCAAUUCCCUUAUGUUUUUAUAUACACCAUCUGUAUUGCCGGGAACUGACAUUGUCUCAACUAUAUCCUUUCCUCAUUGACUGGGUUGCUGGAUCGAUCCUCUCUUCAUUCCCUUUCUGGAAUUUAGCGAAACAUCUCUUGAUGCUGCUAUUGCCUCCUACGCAUGAUUAAUUUACUUUCUUUUCCUUUUCGUACAUAUACCCAAUAUGCCAUUCAUUUGUUAUUUCUUUCUGAUUAUGUUGUUGGGUGUGCUUUUUUUUUUGGGAGACAUCCUAUCAAAUAUUUCCCUUACGGCGCACCGUAUCAUAAAGUGUCUAUAGGUUUGAAAAUUAAUAGUCUUAUUCAGUUCUAAAUCCUCCCGGUCUUCUCUUAAAAUCAGUGGCUCUCGUCUCCUCCAGGGGUUAGGGAUAGUUAAGUAGCAGCACUCACGGAGACAGAAACGUACUAAUAAGCAUGCUACAGACGCCACCAAUUACCGCAGGAACGUGUCUCGAUAAUAGAAUCGAAAAUAACUUUGUUCAAUUAUUAA